AUGUCACAAUCCAAAAACCAUAUCAUUGGCCAGUGGGAGCUUCAACCAGUCACAACACAGACGUGGAAUGGAGAUAUCCGGCAGAAACUGUUCGAGGCCUUUAUUGAAUCACGGAACAACGACGAGAGGACAGUCGGACUUUUGCACGCAAAUCGCGAACUAGGCAUGACCGUCCGGGCACUAAAGGAUGACCUCUUUGUACUCAAACGCAACCUGCAGAAUCUUAAAAGGGAAAAUCUGGGCCUGAAAAAGAAAUAUGGGGACCCGUCGCGGAGGGUGUCUAACUAA